AGUUAUUAUAACAGUAAUUCUUUCAAUUUGAUCUGUCCUUCAGCUGUCUUUUCUACAAUAAGCCGCUCGUUAAAUUUUAAAAAAAAAAGAAAGAAAGAAAUCGUUGGUACACUUCUAGGAUUUGAUGACUUUGUCAAUAUGGUGUUGGAAGAUGUCACAGAAUUUGAAAUUACACCAGAAGGAAGACGAAUUACAAAAUUAGAUCAAAUUCUACUAAACGGAAAUAAUAUAACAAUGCUGGUUCCUGGAGGAGAAGGUCCUGAAGUAUGAGUGGAUUUCCUUGACUUAUAUUAGAUUCUGCCUUUUUUGUUUUUCAAACCUUUAAUGUUUAGAUUCUAUAAAAUGAAGUUUCUCUUAAAGGGAAACACUUUGAAUAUAUAUCCAUUUUUCUAAGCUAAUCGUUAUUUUGGGAAAAGAAGAGUUUUGUUUUGUCUUGUUUUUAAAGACUAAAAAAAUAAAGAUAGUUUUGGUUGAAAAAACAAACAAACAGGUCCCCUGGGAGAGUAGAUAUCACUCUUAAUCUCUGAGCAGUUUCUCUAGCCCUUAACCCUAACACACACCCUAUUUGAGACAGAUUCUCCAUUAGACCUGGCUAGCCUUCAACUGGCUAUUAAGCUUAGAAUGACCUUGAAUUGUGACCUUUUGAAAAAUUGUGUUUGUGUGUCUGUCUUGUCUGUCUGGAUGUGGGCACAUGUGCUUGGUGCAUGUGGAAGGUGAAAGACAAUCACUGGGGUCCUUUCUCUCCUUUUGUUUGUAUGUAGGCUCCUGGGGUCACCAGGCUUUUGCUCAGCACCUUUACCCUAUUUGCUGUCUCCUAACCUUGGAUUUCACAUUGUCCUGCCUCCACUUCCUGAGUGCCAACGCGAUAGGCAUGUGAUAGACACCCUGCUUGGUUUUAUUUUGUGCUGAGAAAAGAAUUCAGGACUUUAGUGCAUGCUUGUCAAGUACUCUGUCAACUGAUAAGCUACAUUAUCAGGCCCUGACUUAGUUUCUUAAGGUAAAUGAUGAAUCUAUUGAUAUUUCCAGUAUAUUCUUUGGUUUUUCAAGUCAGGGUUUCUCUGUAUCUCUUUGGCUAUCUUGAAACUCACUCUGCAGACCUGUUUGGUCUUGAACUCAGAUCUGCCUGCCUCAGCUUCCUGCGCCACCACUGUCUGGCUUACUAUUUUCUUAAAGUAGUGAAGGAAGUUGAAUUCUUUUUUCCUUUUGUUUUUCUGAGAUGGAUUCUUGUCGCUGAGUCUGAUGUUGAACUUACUGUGCUUACUGUGUGGUGAAGAUGACCUUGAUUCUGACCCUUUUGCUUCUACCAAGUACAGACGGUGUCAUGCCUGCUGAAAAAUGUUUUAAUAUUUCAUUAUUGCUGAUUUUUAAUUUCUUUUAUUUUUUAUUAUUAUUACUAUUUUUUAUUAAUAGUGGGUUAUAUAGAUCAGAGUGGCCUGGAACCCACUAAGAUCUGUCUCCCAAACUCUGAGAUGAGAGGUGUGCCAUCACAUACUUGUUUUGUUUUUGUUUUUAAUUUGAAUAUUAAAAGUAAUCUUGGGUUGGGGAUUUAGCUCAGCGGUAGAGCGCUUGCCUAGCAGGCGCAAGGCCCUGGGUUCGAUCCCCAGCUCCGGAAAAAACUAAAAAAACUAAAAAAAAAAAAAAAAAAGUAAUCUUGUUCUGGGAACUGAUGGUUAUAUGUAUGAUAAUAAGCUCCAAAAUAGAGUAAGAUAAAAUUUAUUCUUGCCAAUAAAUUAGAAAAGUUCUAAGUCAAAAUGAAUGGCUUAUGGUAGUCAGUAUCAUUUAUUGAUAUCCUGUUAUAUGGUUUAGCACUUUGCCAAAGUUAAAAGAUCAAAAUAGGGGGCUGGGGAUUUAGCUCAGUGGUAGAGCACUUACCUAGGAAGCGCAAGGCCCUGGGUUCGGUCCCCAGCUCCGAAAAAAAAGAACCAAAAAAAAAAAAAAAAAAAAGAUCAAAAUAGCAGAAGAAGAGCUGGGGUGAGGUGGCAAUGCCUUUAGGGAGCAGAGCGGGCUCCAUAGUUGGACCCUAGCUCAAAAAAAAAAAAAAAAAAAAAAAAGAAAGAAAGAAA